CAGAAACUGACUACUGCAGCGAGGGGCGCUGCACUGCACGCAGCUGCGUGCGUCCUCCCGCCCCGGGAGUCUGCGGUCGGAGUCAGGCCAGGGGGCCCAACCUUCCCGCCCAGCUUGGGUCAGAGCGAGCCGAAAGAAGCCUCAGGGAGGUGAAGAGCCUGAGGCAGCGGAGGACCGGUCAGAAGUUUUCAACUUUGGGCUGUGCAGGGCGAGGCUGCUGAGGACUUGACUCACCUUCACCCCUAACCCCCUCCACUCCCCAACCAGUGGGCUCCGGGCCUCCUGCUGUCAGGCCCCGAUUUUGUGGCAGGGUGUGGUGACCCGAUUUCUAUUUGCAAGCACAGCCAGCAGCACAAGAACCAGGUCCUAAGGCUGGAUUCCUUUUGCCUUGGCUGCUAGCCCGGGCCUCAGAGUCUUGGGCACAGACGCCUUAGCAGAGGCUCGAGAGGAGAGCCGCGCGUCAUGGCCGACCGGCAGGCGGACCUGGUGGCCGGGGACUGGGAGAUCGACGUGGAGAGCCUAGAGCUGGAGGAGGACGGCCGCGGGGCGCCGCUUCCAACGCUGCCCGGGCACAGCCCGCGGGCGGCGGACGGGGACGGCGAGGACGAGGAUGACGAGGAUGAGGACGACGAGGACGCGGAGGACGAGGGGGACGGCGAGGAGGCGGGCGCGUCCCCGGGGGUGCCGGGCUUGCCGGAGCAGCAGAGGGGACUGCCGCCGAGGCCGCCUCCCUCCCUGCAGGCCUCGCAGGCCUCGGCUGGGCCGCCGGAGCGCGGCGCCAACGCGGGCGGCGCCGCCGAGCCGCGCAAGCUCAGCCGCACGCCCAAGUGCGCGCGCUGCCGCAACCACGGCGUGGUGUCCUGUCUCAAGGGCCACAAGCGUUUCUGCCGAUGGCGCGACUGCCAGUGCGCCAACUGCCUGCUGGUGGUGGAGCGGCAGCGCGUCAUGGCUGCCCAGGUGGCGCUCCGGAGACAGCAGGCCACAGAGGACAAGAAAGGGCUCUCUGGGAAACAGAAUAAUUUCGAGCGCAAAGCCGUGUAUCAGAGGCAAAUCAGGACACCCAGUCUGCUGGCCAAAAGUAUUUUAGAAGGUUGGCUCCUGAAAGGAAGGGGAAGGAACAGACAGCCACCCAGGCUCCAUUCCCUAUCCCAACCUUGCCAGUCAGAGCUGGCUUUCCCUGCUCCAGUUCAAGUGGUGGAAACCAUGCCACUGAAGAGCCUCCCAUUUCAUCUGAUACAGACCGUCAGGCUGAAUAGAUGGAGAAUAUCACUCAAGAGUUCAACUCAACAGCCAUCUCCUGUAAGGAAUCUGUCCCCAUCAUCACCAGCCCACUUAGAAACACAGCAGUCUUCUCGAGCCCUGGCAGUGAAGUGCAGCAAUACUACAUUAUACAGACCCUCCAGAGAGAACACUUUGAGUAUCCUGCCUGGAAGAUAAAAGUCCUGGUGCAAGAAUUCUAGAAUUCCUGGUAAAGGAAGAUGGCUGGGUAUCUCGACAUCUUGUAUGUACAUGUUCAUUCAGUUUUCUAUUUUUAUAUGAAACAAGUAUUAUUGAGGAUGAGGGGAAUCAAACCUUCAUACAUUGCUUAUGGGAAUUUAAUUGCCAAAACUUUUGGGUUUUCCCUUGGGAAUAUGGCUUAAUAAUUCUGAUACCACUAUACAUGUAUACUGAAAUUGAAAAUUUAGUAAAUGUAUGGCAGAUGGUGGGAGUCAAGUUUCUCCCUGUUAGAGUGGUAGCCCACAAUAAGGAAGUGAGGAGGUUAGAUCCAUGUUAUAAUGGGUUAGAAGUGGAGACACUGGUGUGCACUAAUGUUUAGCUUAAUAUAGUUACAGAUGGUUACACAUGAAAAUAUUUAUAGAAGAGUACAUACAGGUUAGUAAAUGCAUAUAGUCCUUGAUCUGUGAGUUGAGAGACCCUAGAAGCAAAAAUUCCCUAAUAGUAGCAAGUAAAUCUAGCACCCAAAUCUUGGUGUCUAAUACCUUCAAUAAAAGGAACUAAGGCUCUUUGGAGAAAUGGUUGAUUCUAGGCCUAGAGUAGGAAACAGGGAAUGAGACUGAAAACCUUAUAGUGACAGAAAGUGAGGAAGUUCUUAAAAAAAUAAAAAUAAAAUAAAAACCAAAAACCUACACAAAUGAUAUUUUGCCAAAGGGACAUAAGACAACUCAGUCCAACUGGCCAAAAUGGAAAAAUUAUAUUUUUUAUGCACAAAUCUCAGUGUAAAACUCAAUGCAUUUUGACAUGUCCUUAUACUCAUUUGACCAUCACCCAGAUGAAGAUAUCAAACAUUCUCACUAUUUUCCCCCUUUCACCUAUUUCACCUGUCUCCCCAUCCCCCAUCCUUAUGGCAACCAACAGUCUGUUCUCUGUGUCUAUGAGUCUAUUUCUAGUUUGUUUGUUCAUUUGUUUUGUUUUUUAGAUUCCACAUACAAGUGAAAUGACCUGGCAUUUCUCUUUCUCUGUCUGAUUUAUUUCACUUAGACCAAUAACCUCUAGGUCAAUUCAUGUUUUGCAAAUGGCAAGAUUUCAUUAUUUUUUAUGGAUGAGUAAUAUUUCACCAUAUAUAUGUACCACUAUGCUUUUAUCCAUUCAUCUAUCAGUGGACAUUUAGGUUGUUUCCAUAUUUUGGGUAUUAUAAAUAAUACUGCAAUAAACAUAUUAGUAUAUACAAUAAACAUAUCUUUUCAAAUUAGUUAUUUUGUUUUCUUUGAGUUAAAUUCCCAGUGGCAGAAUUGAUGGGUCAUAUAUGGUAGUUUGGUUCCUAUGGAAUUGCUGGGUCAUAUUCUGUCUUUAGCUUUUUGAGAAAACUCCAUACUUCUUUGCACAGUGGCUAUACCAAUUGACAAUCUCACCAGCAGUGUAUGAGGGGUCCCUUUUCUCCACUUGUUCAUUCUUGUCUUUUGGAUAGUGGCCAUACUGACUGGUGUGAGGUGACAUCUCACUGUGGUUUUGAUUUGCAUUUCCCUGAUGAUUAAUGGUGUUGAGCAUCUUUUUAUGUGUCUGUUGGCCGUCUGUAUGUCUUUUUUGGAAAAAUGUCUAUUCAGGUCCUCUGCCCAUUUUUUAAUUGGAUUAUUUGUUUGGUGUUGAGUUGUAUGAAUUCUUUAUAUAUUUUGCAUAUCAGCCCCUUAUUGGAUAUAUGAUUUGCAAAUAUAUUCUCCCAUACAGUAGAUUGCCUUUUCAUUUUGUUGUAGUUUCCUUUGUUGUGAAGAAGCUUUUAGUUUCAUGUAUUUCCAUUUGUUUAUUUUUGCCUUUGUUUCUCUCACAUGGGAAGAAACAUCUAGAAAAAAAUUACUAAUGCCAGUGCUCAAGAGUGUAUUGCCUAUCUCUUCUAGAAGUUUUAUGGUUUCAGGUCUUAUAUUUAGUUCUUUAAUCAAUUUUGAGUUUAUUUUUGUGUGUGGUGUUGUAAGACAGUGGUCCAUUUUAAUUAUUUUGCCUUUACCUGCCCAGUUUUCCCAGCACCAUUUAUUAAAUAAUCUGUCUUUCCCCCAUUGUAUAUUAUUGCUUCCUUUGUCAUAUAUUAAUUGACCAUAUAGGCAUGGGUUUAUUUCUGCAUUCUUUAUUCUGUCCCAUUGGUCUAUGUAUCUGUUCUUGUGCUAAUACCAUACCAUUUUGAUUACUGUCAUUUUUUUGUAUAGUUUGAAGUCAGGGCCAUGAUACC